AUGUCAGGCAACGUGGGGCAAGGCGCCCAGCGUUCGCUAACCGAAGCAGAGGAGAAGCAGCGUGCAAAGCGGCAGCGUCUAGAGGCGUGGCGCCGCGAGCAGGCUGCGAAAAAGCGCGCCGCCGAAGCGGGCGGGGGGAGCGCCCCGAAAAAAGCGCGGCCGGAGCCACCGACGCGCACGCUCGGGCUGCGUGCGCCGGCGGCGCAGGCCGCGCCGAAGCUGCCUGCGCGUGCCUUUUCCGCGCUGGACGAGGAGGAGGAGAACGUCAAGCCGAAGCGGCAGCUGCACCAUGUGCUCGAUGACGCGCCGGCCGCGGCCGAGGACGAGGGCGAAGAGGACCCCCUGGACGCGUACAUGAGCUCGGUGCAGACCGAGGUGCAGCGCGUGGAGCACGACAAGCCGUCUACCGAGGUGCGUGAACUGGUGUCCGAGGACGAGGAGGAGCAGCCGGCGGCUGCGGCGGCGUCGCGCCCGACGGGCGACUCGCUCGACGCGAUGAGCGCCGAGGACCUCUUGUCGUUCACGGCGAAGCGGUCGAAGCAGCACGUUAUUCCCCAGGUCGACCAUUCCAAGAUGGACUACGAGCCGUUCCGCAAAUCGUUCUACCACGAGCCCGAAGAGGUGGCGCGCCUGAGCGAGCCCGAGGCGGACCGGAUGCGGAUGGAGCUCGACGCGAUCUCGGUGCGUGGCAAAGACUGCCCCAAGCCCAUUACCAAGUGGUCGCACUGCGGACUGCCUGUGAGUUGUUUGGAUGUGAUUAAAGAGCUCAACUACGAGUCGCCGACGCCGAUCCAGAGCCAGGCGAUGCCGAUUAUCAUGUCCGGACGCGACAUGGUCGGCAUUGCCAAGACGGGCUCGGGCAAGACGAUUGCGUUCCUCUUGCCGCUCUUUCGGCACGUCAAGGACCAGCGCGGCGUCGAGUCGGGCGAGGGGCCGAUUGCGCUCGUGCUCACGCCCACGCGCGAGCUCGCGAUCCAAAUCUACCGCGACGCGAAGCCGUUUUUUGCGGCGCUUGGCCUGCGCGGCGCGUGCGUGUAUGGCGGCCCGCCGAUUUCCGAGCACAUUGCCGAGAUGAAGCGCAGCCCCGAGGUGGUGAUUGGCACGCCGGGGCGCAUGAUCGACCUGCUCAGCGCCAACAGCGGGCGCGUGACGAAUGUGAGCCGCGUCACUUACCUUGUGCUCGACGAAGCGGACCGCAUGCUGGACCUCGGCUUUGAGCCGCAGGUGAUGAAGAUUAUUGACAAUGUACGUCCCGACCGCCAGGCGGUGCUCUUUUCCGCAACGUUCCCAAAGCAGAUCGAGAGCCUUGCGCGCAAGAUGCUGCGCCACCUCCCCAUCGAGGUCACGGUCGGGGGCAAGAGCAUCGUUGCGCCCGAGAUCACGCAGAUCGUCGAGGUGCGCAACGAAGAUACCAAGUUCCGCCGCCUCCUCGAGAUCCUCGGGCAGAUGUACAAUAACGAUGAAGACGCCCGCACGCUCAUCUUUGUCGAGCGCCAGGACGCGGCGGACGAGCUGCUGCGCGACCUGCUCCGCAGAGGAUACCCGACCAUGUCGCUGCACGGCGGAAAAGACCAGGCGGAUCGCGACACGACCAUCUCCGACUUCAAGGCGGGCAUUGUGCCGAUCCUCACCGCGACGUCGGUCGCUGCGCGCGGCUUGGAUGUAAAGCAGCUCAAGCUCGUGGUCAACUAUGACGUGCCGAGCCAUAUGGAGGACUAUGUACACCGCGCGGGGCGCACCGGCCGCGCCGGCAAUACCGGAACGUGCAUCACGUUUAUCACCCCGGAGCAGGACCGCUUCGCGAAGGAUAUCCUCGCGGCACUCAAGGCGAGCAAGGCGCCGGUCCCGGACGAGCUCGAGGAGCUCGCCGUGCAGUUCAAGCAGAAGCGCGCACGCGGCGUCGCCAAGAGCCAGCCGUCGGGCUUUGGCGGCCGCGGCCUUGCGCGCCUCGACACGGAGCGCAAAGAGGUGCUGAUGCUCGAACAGACCGCCUACAACGACGCGAGCGCCUCGCGCGAGAUUGCCAUGGCACGCGCGAGCGAGGCGGGCGGCCGCUCCGAUAUGAACAUCGAGGUGCGCACCGGCGCCGUGCCGGAAGCCGUGCGCGAGAACCGCGUCCCGCACUCGUACGACUUCUCGGACGAGAGCCAGGCAAACCUCGCACGCCUCGCCGCCGCACGCGCGGGCGGCGCGAACACCGGCCGCUUGCGCGAGAUGAUCGCGCGCAUCAACGCAGAGUCAAACGCGCGCCGCGAGGGCACACAGGCCGCGCUGAACGAGGCGCUCGAGCACGCGCGCCGCGCUCGCGACCCCGACGCGACGCACUUCCACGCGGUCGUCCCGAUCAACGACUUCCCGCAGCGCGCGCGCUGGAGCGUGACCAACAAGGAGACGAUGGCGAUGCUCAUCGAGUCGUCCGGCGCGUCCAUCACCAGCAAGGGCGCCUUUUACGACCGCGGCCGCGAGCCCAAGCCCGGCGAGCCGCCGAAACUCUCGCUGCUCAUCGAGAGCAACGACCAGUCGCGCAUCGAGCAGGCCGUACGCGACAUCAAGCGCCUCUUGCUCGAGGGCGCACAGGCUGCGCUCGAGAACAACGAGGCACGCCAGUUUACAAGCGGGCGCUACUCGGUAGUAUAA